AUGGCGCAGAGAAUCAUGACACUGGUUUUGCUCAUAGAGAUUUUGUUUAUGGUAAAUACGAUCGCAGCGUAUAACAAUGGAGAUGUGAUUCACGUCGCGGGGAAAGUGAUGUGCCAAGACUGCACUCUUAACUACGACAAAUGGAUCAACGGUUCUGAGCCCAUCAAAGGGGCUGUGGUAUCAAUAACUUGUAUGGACGAGAGGGAAAUAGUGUACUAUGGCAGCGACAAAACCGAUGAGAGAGGCCAGUUCGAUCUUAUCGUCGACAAAGUCCUUUACGGCGGCAAGAAUCUGAAGCCUCAACUUUGUAAAGUCAGGCUCGUGUCCUCUCCUGACAAGUCAUGUGGUAUUGCAACCAAUUUCGGUAAUGGUCAAACCGGAGUGAAGCUAGUUCAACCGUUUAUGGUUUUCAAGGAUCUGGUUAAGUUUGUGGUCGGACCAUUUUACUAUACCACUCCCAUGUGUGAGACCCCUAAAUAUGAAAACAACUACUAG